AAUUGCUCUUGGAAGGAUUUUUCGGACUGGGCUGACGCAGUUGUGUGUGUAAAUUUCCUGGCAAAUAAGGAAGGCAACUGUGUCCAAAAGACAUUUUAGAGUGUGAAUUCACAGCCUUUCCAUGUCUAAUCAAGGAGCGUAAACCAUUAGCCACAUGUUCUCCAUUUCCAUCACAUUUUUUCACACUUAAACAAAAACAUGCCAAAGAAAAGGUGCUACAUAUUUUAAUGCCCCCAAAUAGGAACCAUGGGAGUCCGUUAAAUGCUGUGGCCAUUUCCAGCAUACAAAUCAAUUUUCCUUGUGGUGGUGAAGUGGUGAAUAAUGCCUGGUUUGUUUAAAGGAGCAUGACUGAUUCUGGAUGAAGAAUCCUGUCACUUUGGCAUUUUCAGUUUUAUUUAUUGCACGCAACCGUAUAAAACCUGGUACUGAUCUCAGUGCCAGGCUUACUAGUGGAAAAGCUGAACGGACAACAUAUCUCCUGGUGCAGCAAAGAGCUUCUCCUUCUGCAAGGCAUUUGCUGGACUCCUGCAAUUUUUUUUUAAUAACAUGGCAGAGAAGGAUUUAAUCAGUUGGCAUCUACUGGCUUUAUUUUUUCUUCCAUUUUGCCUGUGUCAAGAUGAAUACAUGGAGGUGAGCAGAAGAUCUUAUAAACCAGUGGCCAAAGUGUUGCAAAGUCACCACCAGACUGGCCAUAAAGGUUCCAGAAGCAGGGAGAUAUUGAAACAGCGGAGUCAACUCAUAGAGUGGACUGUUGAUAAUAGCACUUCUACAGACCAAAAAGUCCUGAGACCAGAGGUAGAUGAUGUAGAACUGACUACCUCAGACAGAGUCCAGCCCCCACAAACAGGACCUCAGAAUCCAGACUGUAGUUCCUGCUGCCGUGGUGACUUUGGACUUCGACUCUACCAAGGGCCCCCAGGACCUCCCGGGCCCCCUGGGAUGCCAGGAAACCAUGGAAACAAUGGAAAUAAUGGAGCAACUGGCCAGGAAGGAGCCAAAGGUGAAAAAGGAGACAAAGGAGACAUGGGACCGAGAGGAGAGCGUGGCCAUCAUGGACCCAAAGGCGAGAAGGGUUACCCUGGGAUUCCUCCAGAGCUACAGGUCGCAUUUAUGGCUUCCAUGGCUACUCACUUCAGCAACCAGAACAGUGGGAUCAUCUUCAGCAGUGUUGAAACCAACGUUGGGAAUUUUUUUGAUGUAAUGACUGGGAGAUUUGGUGCUCCAGUGAAUGGGGUGUACUUCUUCACCUUCAAUAUGAUGAAACAUGAAGAUGUGGAGGAAGUGUAUGUGUACCUGAUGCAUAAUGGCAAUACAGUUUUCAGCUUAUAUAGUUAUGAAUCUAAAGGGAAAGCAGACACUUCAGGAAACAGCGCGGUGCUAAAACUUGCCAAGGGAGAUGAAGUUUGGCUGCGAAUGGGCAACGGAGCCCUCCAUGGGGACCAUCAACGCUUCUCCACCUUUGCUGGGUUUCUGCUUUUUGAAACCAAGUAAUAAAAGAAACAACCCAACAGAUGUUUAUCUGAGGAAACUUCUUUUUUGGAACUGGUGUUUUUCUUUGGACUGUGGACUAGCAUUACGACAUUGAAAGAUGAGGAACGGUUGUUUUGAUGCAAUGAGUUGCUAUUUGUGUAGAUGAGCUGAAUACGUUGGGUAGCUGACACACUUAGAGACACAUGGAAGACAUACUGUCACCUGGGUUCUAUCUAGAGAAUUAUUAAAUGUUGCUAUUGCUCUCUUCUCCAAACUGACUAAAAACAAAGAAAAAGGAUUUAAAAUGAUUUAGAGAGUAGUUGGCACAGUAAAGCCAAUUUUGUCUAUAAAAAUAGUUUUGUCAAGUGUAUGUCAGGAAUUGAACAAUUGAUCAAUGGUUUUCUGUUCAGUGAUUUGUUUCUUAUUAUAUGUUCAUUUCAGUUUGCAUCACGGAAAUAGGCCUGAAUGAAUUAAAAGUAGGCUCAGCUGAAACCAGAUUUAAAGGAGGAAGUUUUUACUGAACUAGAAUUAACUUUACAAAUAGAAGAAAAAAUGUGAAAAUAAAAAUGUCAAGGAUUCAGGGUUAUUGUAUUCCCAUCUCAAACCUCUGAAACAUCUGGUGUCAUUUUUCAUAGAUGUCUAGUACAUAUUUAUGCUCACUCAAUCUUUCUUUAAAAAAAAAAAAAAAAGAAAAGGAGUGGUAGUAAUUCUUGCCUUAAUAGAGCUUGAAGCUAAAGUAAUUUAGCCUGCAGUGUAUGGGGAUCUGACAGGGGAACUGUAACGUUUCUUCCUAGACUUAAAUUGUCAAAAUCUGAUGUAACUGAGUGCAAGGUAUCAAAGCAGAGACAUAUACGCUGGAGAAGUUGGGAUAUGCCCACAGUACAAACAGAGAAACAGACACUUUGUGGAGUUCGGAGCUCUUCUGGAAGGAUCUACAUUUUAAUAUUGCAUAUUUACUUAACAGCGAAGUUGUUGACACAGUUUUCCUACCAGCUUUCCAAGAACCAGUAUUACAGGAAAAGACGUUGCUGUCUGGCAAGGCAGCAGCUAACCCAGAUCAAUAUUUAACUGGUGAAAGCAAACACUGGCUGGCUCAGAAGCUGUGGUCACAGUAAACUGGGCCACUCUUCAGCACCAAAAUUUGCCACUGGCUUUCCAAAAUUUUUGGUAAAUGAACUCCUGUCUUGCUAUUUACUUUUCAUCACAAUCAGCACAAGUAUACUAAGAAAAUACAGAAGUUUGAAUGUAUCUUCUGCACAUUCUGGCUCUCCACACACAGACUAAUGAAGUAGAAAUUACAUUUUAACAGACAUUACAUUUUAACUAAACAUUGCCUGCCAUUAAUGUAUAACAAGCAGGUGGGGUUAGGAAAACAUUUAUUUGAAAUUCUUUUAUACUAGAUACAGAUAGCACUAGCAUGACAACAGAGCAAAUGAAUCAAAAUCUGCUCUAUGAAUUUUUAUGUCCUUUUACACGUUCCCAGUGUAUGUAAACCACAUCUUGUGAUGAAAAAUGCAUGUUGAUACUUGAUGAUUAUGACUUGUGAUAUUUUUGGUUUUAUGCAUCAACCACUGAAAAUGUUAGCUUUAAUGAACUGACAUCUGAUGAGUUUUCUUGUUUCUUUAUGAACUUGGGUCAGGUUUGCAUCAUGAAGGUUUUCAAAACCUGAGACCACGUCUUUUUAAUACGCAUUUUAGUAAAAUUCUGGCAUGCCUUCAAACUAAACCACGCCCACCAGGUAAUCAGAUAAUGUUAUUCUUUCGGAAUACGUGGACAAGUUGUAUGAGGUAUACAGCAUCAUAAGCUAACGUUCACAGUAAGAAAAAUCUCUAAAAAAAUUGUUUCUUUUUGUGUUAGGAAUGUUUUGCUUACUUUGUAAAACACACAUUUACCCAAUAAAGAUUAAUAGUCAUAAAACUA